CCGGGCAGGGGAGUGUGUAAGUAAAAGCCCUAUCCCACAGCAUGUGGAUGGGGACUGGAGCAUCUGGAGUCAGUGGAGCCAGUGCAGUAGAACCUGUGGCACCGGAGCCCAGUUCAGACAGAGGAAAUGUGACAACCCGCCGCCAGGUCCUGGUGGUAGUAACUGUCAGAAGGCCAGUGUGGAACAUAAAGUGUGUGAAGGUCCUCCCUGCCCUAAAGGAACACCCAGCUUCAGAGAGCUGCAGUGUCUCUCCCAUGACCGCCAGGCCGGAAAGAAGAAGAACAGCAUAUGGACCGCAGUCAAUAACGAUGAGAAGCCAUGUGCCCUGUUCUGUUCCCCUGUGGGGAGAGAUGCCCCCAUCCUGGUGGCAGAGAGAGUGAUGGAUGGAACACCAUGUGGACCCUACGAGUCAGACCUGUGUGUCAAUGGCAGGUGUCAGAAAAUCGGCUGCGAUGGCAUCAUCGGCUCGUCAGCCAAGGAGGACCGCUGUGGGGUGUGUAGCGGAGACGGACACUCCUGUAAGAUAGUCAAGGGAGACUUCAACCACACCAAGGGCAGGGUCUCCUCUAGCCACUGUAAGAGGGUUUCUACCUGUGUGAUGGCUAAACCAAGGGCUGUCCCCAAGUGUUUAUCAUGUUACAUCGAGGCUGCUGUCAUCCCCGUUGGUGCUAGGAGAAUCAAAGUUGUGGAGGACAAGCCCUCACACAGCUUUCUGGGUAACACACACACACACACACACACACACACACACACACACACACACACACACACACACACACACACACACACACACACACACACACACACACACACACACACACACAAGUUUUCUGACAAGUUAUAAAUAGAUCUCUAAGGUAUAUAAUGACUAACAUGACAAGAGGAUCUGAUGAUGCAAGAUGUGUUGAAUUGCAGGAAAUAAGCUUUAAACCUGCUAAAUUCUCUCACCGCCAACAAGACGGUUGUGCAACGUUUGUUUAAUUUCGGUGCUUGUACCCAUAGAAAUAGGGGUGUGCAGGGGGGGAGUGGGAUAUUCCCUAAUGCUGGAAGGGGGACCUGGAUGAAAACAGUUUGGGAACCCCUUUUAUAGACAACCGCACAAGUUCAUAUUAUCUGUCUAAUGAUGUGAACUUGUAUUCCCUAUAGCAGGGUACUCAACUACUAUCUGAAACGGUCCAGUGACACAAAUGUCCUCGGUGGCAAAGGUCCGGAUGGAUAUGGUCAUUUAUCGGCGCUGUGGUUCAGCAUAGUGACAAAC